AUGUCUCUCCCGUUCAACAACCCAGACGUUUACAUUUCUGCCCCUGUCCCACCCUGUCAAGACAACGAAUAUGAAGAGCAAGCCUUCGGGGUAGCCAACAUGGGGGAGAACUUCUCCAAGUUCACCAUCAACCGUCCUAAAGUCGGGGACAAUGAUGUCAAGUUCGACAUAAAGUACUGCGGGAUGUGCCACAGUGACGUGCACUUUGUCUGUAAUGAUUUCGGAGGCGCGAUGUACCCGAUAGUACCAGGGCACGAGCUAGUGGGAGUGGUAACGGAGGUGGAGGUAACGUGUCCAGAGGAGUGUAGGGUCUCUGGUGGCAGUGGGGUGCACUAUAGAUGCUGUAAUGGAGUAGUGUGGACAUGUGUGAUACGGGCGAGGAGAAACUACUGCAGGAAGGGAGGACAACCCACACAUCACUCCAAACAAGACACACGGACACAUCGGAGGAAACCAGGAGACCCAGAACUUUGGAGGGUAUUCUAAAAGUGAGGUUGUUCACGAGCGAUUCAUUGUAAAACUACCUGAUGACACUCCCGAUCUCGCUAAAGUAGCACCUUUGGUUGUGUGGCUGGCAUAACAAUGUGGGAUCCCUGAGAUACUAUGAGCUUACCAAAGGGGGAGAUAAGAAGAUGAGGAGGGAAUAGUAGGGGAUCGGUGGACUUGCACUAUGGGAAUCAGUUAGCAUCAACUCUAGACAUGAUGUGGUAGCGGUAUCCAGCGUGACAAGAAAGUGGUGCUCGCAAAAGAAAAGAGCACUACACUACGUGGAACCUCAGUCCCGCCUCCAUCAACUCACACAACAACUCAUGGAUCUAUUCUUAACACUGUCAGGCUCCUCAUAAUCUCAUGGACUUAUCUACGGUCUUCCUUUUACUAACGGAACCUUGGUAAAACUUGGUGCUGUAGCUGCUCCCUUGCAGUUCUAUCAUUUUCUCCCAAUGCUCAGCGGAUAUCUAUUGUGGGUCUAUGGUUGGGGGUAUUGAAGUCACGUCAGGAGAGCGAUGAUUUCUGUGUGGAGAAGGAUAUUUACCUGAUAUUGAGAUUGUUGAUGUAGCAGGUAGAUGAGAUUUUCAUUAACCUUUCUAAGCAAAACGCUGGGGUGGUUUGAGUACGUCCAGAAAUUGAAGCUAUUUUUUAACUGAACUCUUAAAAACUUUUAUGGAUCACAUUCGAUUUAAAAAGUUUUUAGUGGCCUCAUUCUGUGAAAUAAAAAUUAAUGUAAAGUAACGAAUGAAUUUUUGAGAGUUUAAUUUUCGCGUGUAUAUUAAAAUCCUUUUUUUAAAGGCUAACUAUUAUUGUAGGAUGUCAUUUUUUCCGAUGCAUCGUACUAUCGAAGAAUUAAUAACAUAGAUUUUUCACAGUUUAAUUUUCAUAUCGUAAUAUAACUAUCUUGACAUAAAUUCAACAUUUCAUUU